AUGGAGGCAGCACUGAGGGCUGCAGCGCUGGAGGAAUUAGCUCUGCAUCCAUUUCCUGGGAUAUCCUUCGAGAGGCUCUGUGAAAUUUUGCAUCAAGAGAAGGACUUUGACUUGGACCUCUUCACAAGAGCUGUUCUCUGGCGCUCGCUUUACUGUUGCCACGAUGUUGAUUUCACUCUGUUCCCCGCACUCACGACCCAGCAGCAUUCCCAGCCUGCUGCACCUGCUAAGGCGCAUGCAAACCAUGCGAGACUGGUAACGUGGAGGGACCCUGCGGUUCCUCCUGAUUUGUUGGGAGUGCCUAGCACCAUUUAUUGCAACAGUGAAAGGAUAAAUGAGGUAGCUACAUGGAACACAGCAGGGGAGCCUUCAGCUACUCCUGCAGAGUCCGCAGCAGCAACUGUAGCCCCAGACGCAUCCUUAGAACAACAGAAACAGUGGCUGUUGGCAGCCUGUGCAGAAGUUCCUGUUAGGCUUUUGACAGCCACAGACUUGACCAGUGAUCGGCUGGACUAUGAACGCCGAGUAAAGGAUAUACCCUUUCAAAUCCUUCGCAAUAUUUCCUGUCACAAGGAGAACGGCCAGUGGCAGUAUCGUAUAGCCCAGGAGCUGCAGAUGGAUCCAAAAACUGUUUUCCACCACUUGAAGCCCCUGUACAGAGAUGAGCUCAUCUGCCAUAUGCAGCUCUCCAUACCACCCACUCACAAGCUGGGGAGGCGAAGGGGCUCCACGGGUGGCCCGAGUCGGAGUAGAGCGGGCUCGGAUUUUCCCGCUGAACUCCAUGUUCUGGAAGGAACAAUUUCUCCUUCUCCGGGGACACCAAGGACGAAUCUCACCAUGUCUGCUUUGCUGUGGAGUAGCAGUUUCUUCUCCCCCGUCAGACUUCCGGCCCACUUAAGAGGUCUUGUGGCUCUGCAGCAUUUGCUGCCGCUGCAGCAGCAAGCGGUUCGGCUGCUGCUCAAGGCGCCCAACAAUAUUUUACUUGAAGAGGAGGUCAAGCAGUUUUGCAUCUCCAAAAUUCUCACAUCUGAUGAGGCACCGUACUUGCGUUUUAGCGACAAGCAGCUGCAUCGCCUGUUUUACAAGCUGCGAGAGUCUCUAGAGCGAAGUAACCAAGUGCAACGGGUGAGGGCUUUUUGCAGACAGACAGCUCGUUUUGAACGAUGUCUUCUUUUGUGCCCCUUCGAGGCACCACGCACUACAGCUAAAAGCUUGAUACCACAGGCCCAGGACAACCAAAGCGAGACAGGAGGUGACAAGAUGAUCUCCCAAAUCAAAGUGGAAGAAGGGACAGUUACAGCGGCUGCGGAGGCCGCCAAUAUCCCAGAUGUAGGCAAUAGAAAAGAAGAUCGAGGUCUGUCAAGUACUGUAGUAGAAGUGGAAGACGGAGAAGAUGACCCUUCACAAGUGGUGGACUUAGAUGGGGUGCCAUUGGCCACUUUGGCAUCUCUCUUGCUAACUGCGGCUGGCCCGGAAGGUUUGACCACCGUGGAGUUGUCCCGUUUGCUAGGACUCGAUAUUAAGCGCAGCGGGAAGGCUUUGGCGGAGUUUUCUAGGCGAAAUUUAGUCUCGCGAGUGGCAGAGAGGCGUGGUAAGUGCUUUUUGUACAGAUACAUCAGCAAGGAUCUGCCCCAUUUCCAGGCACUACUCUCCGAGUCGCCCUCCGCCGACGCGGCCGGCUCGAAUGCAAGGGUGGAGACUGAAGCUCACAGAGAAAGCAUUGACAUUGCUUUAGGUUCGGAAGAAGACGGAGGAGGCGAGAAGAACAACAGAGCAGGUUCGGCCCUCUUAACUGCAAGUGGUUACACUGGUACCCCAGAAGUCGCCAAGAAACAAGUAUCACUCUAUUCAGCAAUAGUUCGUAUCCCAUCGAGAACGCCGUGGGUGAGAGGACAAGCCUCAUUUCCCACUGCUACAGAAUCAGCAGCUGCUGCUGGUGGUGCUGCUGCUGUUUCAACAGAAGAAGCAAGGGAAAGGGGAGCUAAGGAAGCUUGUUAUGACCGAUCAGCACGCCAUCAGGGCGGGAGACAUCAAGAGCAGGACUCCACGGCCCGGUGUGGACUCAGUGUCGGAGGAGGCAUUGGGACUGUGAGGGGGCGCAAGAGACCCCAAAAUGCAGAAGCUCUUUAUGGGGACACUGAAAAGCGAUCUCGUUGUCGACAUGAGCUACCGGCCACGUUGAACGAGGUGGAACAGAAGCACACAACUGAAGCAUCACCAGCUGUUACCGCUGCCAAAUGUACGGCCCCUUCGUCGCCAGCAGUAGCAGCAGCAUCUGAUACUUUGCUGUCCCCUGCAGAUGUUGCCGUAGGGUGCAUAGAACAAGCGGAUGCGGCCCUUCCCGCUGCUGUGCCGGCAACAGCACAAGAGCCAGGCGUGGCAGGAGACAGUGCUCUGGUUACGAUUGUCUUAUCGACGUCGUUGAGUGGCGCUGUUGAGAGGAGUGCAUCAUGUAAUCGUGUUACGCCCACAUCUCCGGAUAUGGACAUCCAACGCGUGCUGAGGGAAAUGAAGGAGAGAGCAAUUCGAGAGAAAUUGCCGCCUCGUACACUGCGCCUGUUAGAGACACCCCAAUUCGUGGCGCGCCUGGUGCUCUUUCAGCAGGCUGUCCAGUCGUUUGGUUGUUGCACGAUCCCUUCAAUAAGCAAAGUCAUCGCGGACGCGGAGAAGACGCCUAAUGGCCCUGACAGGAAGACGGUGCACCGCAUGGCGGAGGUGGCCAUGCAGCUUGAGCGGCGAAUCCGAAGGGGCCGUGUCGCCGCAUCGAAGAGCUCAGCCGAUCGCUUAGAGGGCCCUUCAGGGCUGUCAACCUUUGCAGAUAUCACCUUCUUCUUUUGGGCUGAAACGCUUGAUGAAGAAACCGCAGAGCAACGCGUCGCUGCGCUGAUUACCCAAAGGAGGGCCCAUGGCUGUCGGGAAGCUAUCCGACGGAAUCAGUUACUGCUAGAGGGGAAGCUCAAGGAGGCGGGCGAAGAGCUCCGGCUGGCUGGAGCACCCGCGGCCACUAUGCGAGUUCCCGAGCUCCAAAUGAGCAGCAAUGAUUGCCUGGAUAUUUCGACAGCCCAGCUACAGGUGCAAUCGGAAACUCAAAAGUUGCCUGCAUCUGACCUGAGGGCAGCAGACUCAUCAACACAGUCGCUCGUAGGAAAGCAACUGAAGGGUCUCGAACGAGAGAUUUCUCGUCUAGCGGAGCUUGAAAGCCGCAACGCCUACAACAGCGUGACGCAGCCUGGACCUCCCGCAACAGCGGCUUCUCUACUUAUGGUCGAUAAGACGCUUCCUCGGGUAUCUCUCCAGGACAAGUUUGCGUUUAGCCAGAGGCAUUUAGCCUUUUACGGCUUUAUAUUCCCAGUCAUGAUCCGCGCCAAGUGCUUCCACCAGUACCUACUUACGCUUACGUUGCAGCUCCUGGGUCUCGCCGGAAGUUUUCCUGCUGAAGGUCAGGAGGGUGCCCGUCUCACCGUUUCUGCUAUGGUCCGCCGAAUGCCCUUGGAGAUGUUUCUUCGCCUGAUCGGCUGUGGCUACGCUUUGCCGCUACUGGAUGAGCACCUCGCGAAGGAUUCGGCCUCCCGCCAGCCCCUGUACAAAUUGCCAGGUCCCCUUUUUAGGCUACUUGUAUUCUCAAGCCGACAGUUGCAGUCUUACAGGCAACUGCAUCCGAAAGCGAACUUGCCUCUUUUAGGACUUGGAAAAAAGAACGCUGGCACCGCCGUCAGGAAACUCUUGUCUCUUCUCGGUCGGAUGGGGAUAGUAUCUCAAGUAGAGGUCGCUCCCGAAGGAAACAGUGAAGGUCGCACUUCGAAAGCACCUCCAGGGGCCCACACAUGGCGACUGAAUAAGGUCCUGCGGCUUCCGGAAUUCUCUGCGAUAGCAGUGAAGGACGGAGAGAAACCGAGCGUGCAGGUUAAGGAGUUCGAUGGUCUUUCGCACGAAGGCGUUGAAAGCUACUGGCAGCAGCUGCAGCUGCAAGUCUCGCAAUGGGUUUUGGAGGAACGCCAGAUGACUUGGGCAAUGGGUAGUGACUCACAGCCCUCUCAGUUUUUCUCUCCCCGCUCAGGGACAGGCGAGGAUUUACAGCAGUCGGAUACAGAGGCUCUGGUGGGCCACAAGGCGACCGAGGACACACACUACUCGAGCCGCAGGCGGGUGCAGCUACCAGAAGUCUUCCCUGUCGCUGAGGCAUUUAACUCAAAGAACUGGAAGGGCCAGGUGGCCUUUACUGGUGCUGCGAGGGCAGCCAUGGAUUCUUUCGCGGCUGAGACCCUGGAAAGAUUGCGAGACGCCAGUGGCGCUGAAUUAGAGGCCUUCGUUCUCAAUGCAUCUUCGCCGCAAAUUGUUGAGCUGUCUACACGAGUUGGAUACCCAGCAGAUGCAGUGUUGCGGUACUUAAUUCGUGUUUUUGAGAUCAAGGGCGGUUCCCGCAGCAAUCAGACGCUGCUUAUCGGGGGCAGUUUUGGGGAUAGGGACGAAAAGUUCCAAGUUUUAGAGGACAGGAUCCCUACCGCGUUGUCACAGAUGCCUAGACAGGCAGCUCAGCAAGAAGUUUCCAUCACCUGCCCAUCUACUCCUGGGCCAUUGGGCAACAACUCGGCUCGAAUUGAAGGACAAGCAAGAGUUUUGGGAACACCAGCAAAAACGGAGACUACAGAUAGAGACCGGGGACCUGGCCUCUUAGUCCAUCGCACGCGAGACGUGCGAUUUCAGUGCCACCGCUGCGGCCACUUUUAUUCGUGGGAAAAGUCGUUGCGCUUGCAUUACGAGAGAGCUCACCACGAGUCGCUGCCCGCCGAUGAGGUUUUGUACGUUCUGCCUUGGGAGCGCAAGAGGCGCCUGGAAGACCAACAACAGAAGGCCGAGCUCAGCAAAUUCAGACGAAGACGCCGCACUGCAUUCCCUGCAAGAGAUACCCCAGUGGAUCCACUACAGCUGGCGAAUUCUCAUGAUGAGGAAGCCCAGAAAGCUCGCGAGCGUUUUGAGGGGCGCCUUUUAACACGAGGCUCUGUUAAGGUAGUGGACGUACCAGCCAGCGGCUUCUUGCUGCGAGCUUCGGUAGAUGAAGAGGCAAUUCUCGCUUCAAUGGGUCGUGAGGAUGAGAUCACACUAAUAGGGGCAGCUGUGGUUGCGGAGAGGCUCUGGCUGGCAGCGUACAGCCCUCAGAACCUGUCACGGGGCCCAGUGGUUCAGGAGGAGAAACUUGAGAACCGCAGUGGAGGGCCUUUGUCGGAGGCCUGGCUGUCACCAUCUCCCUCUCAGUCUCUUCCCUCAGAGGAGCAUCCAAUUUGGCAGAUCCUCGGCUGCCUCUGCGUGCCCCCUCUGGCGCCUUCUAGGGCGCGGCUGUUUUUAGGCUUCGUACUGAGUCGGCGGUCUUUGAACUCCCGCAUUUUCAGUAGCUUUCGGCGGCUUGAUCCAGAGUCCCUUCGUCACUUUGUCUUGGAGGGUCGCAUCCCUUCUGCGCUUGAGCUGCGCCUUCACUGCGGGCUUAGAAGCGAGGCCCCUGUGGUCGCAAAGAAGUCUUUGGUAUGCCGUCCUUUAAACAGUCCCCGCAUCAUGAUGGCUCGCAAUAUGCUGAAGGCUGUUGUUUUUACACCGUUGCCAUAUUACCGGCCAGCGACUCAGUUGGCUGCACUCCGCGAGUUGCGUCCACUGGAGCUCAGUGCCCUGUGGAGAGCAUGGCAGCGCAAGGGCUGGGUGACAGUCUUCAAGCCUCCCUCUGUGCCUUCUUUGAAAGAGAAGAAAGAUGCUGCUCCGGCAGAGACUGCAGGGAAGCAAUUACACAAAAAGCCGGAUAUAGCCGUAGCCCUCGAGGCCAAAUGUCGUCGCCCUUUCGUCCUGAGCAGCUCCUCGCGACUGUCACUUUUUGGGCGGCUGUGGGACUACCGUGUCAUGUCCUCUCUUCUUCAUUCCACGUUGGAGCUGACACCAAGGAAGCUGACUUCGCCUCUCUCAUCUCACGGCAAUUGUACCCCGAAAUGUGCAGCCAGCACAGAGGAACUAGCAGGCAGGGCCACUGCCUGCACCUCUUCGGCUGCCACUCGUCACAUUGGAAACAAAGGUACAGACGAUUUGCCACAUGAUGUCUUUGUGGCCCAGUUGGCACAAGAAGAGGGGCAGAAUCUUGAAGAAGGGCCUGCCCUUGAUGAAGGCCGUGGUGAGACCAACGAAGGCGACCUCCAGCUCCUUCAGCUGCUCGAGAGCGCUCGUCUGCAGCCGCCUUCAUCUGAAUGCUUGUCGAUCUCCGGCGAACCUGGCGAGUUCUCUGCUUCAGCAGAGAACACAGUGGCUGGAGAAUUGACAGGGCCUGUUACCGCUCAGCUGCUAGCGGACUCGGAGAGCGAUGCCGCUACAGUCGUCGGUAGGGUGGCAGUAUCCUUGGGUCCAGACGUGUCCGGUUGCGAAGCACUUGCUGCUCUGGAGGGCCUGGCUAGGGGCACACUGUGGCUGUCUCCUUUCUGGGGAAAGGAGGGCUGCCUCCCGGAUUCGCCAGAGGCUGCAGCUGACGCGGAGCUGCUAAAACUUUUGGAGGAAGAGGACCCACUGGAAGCUGUGCGGGAAGAAGAUGGCCUUUGGAAUAAUGUACCGGAGUGGCUAAGUGCCAUCUCACUCAGCCGUGGAGACGAUUCAGGAGAGCCGCUUGCAGAGGAAAGGCCUGUAAGGAAGCCAACAGAGGGGGGCAUCGAGACACACAUCACUGCGCAUGCCGCAGGGGUACCUGAGAUUACGGCUGUCACCUGCUCUCUCUUGAAAUCAUCCAUCCCGCGUGAACUGAGGGCAGCACACGCAACAGAAAGACUUGCUGAGCCAUCUUUAAACCCGAUAGAGGUGCCCAGGUCGUCUCAAGAAGACGUCGGCUCCAUUUCUGGGAUUGGAAGGCUAUGCCAAGAACUGAGGCUAGCGCUGGAGGGAGGCCCCGCAGCGCCAUGUAGGUCUACGGAGCCUCCUUUGCAAACAGCAGAGCAUCAGGAGAUGCAUGCAAGAGGCGCUGUCCGCUGUACCCGAAGAGAUACAGCGGAGCUUCCCCCCGCAAGCCACUUUGCCGAUGGAAUCUUUGGCGCAGCUGGGGAGCUAGAUGCUUUUGACGCGUCGCUGCUGCCCCCUGUCCUCACGGACCGUACUGCAUGUGCAGCUGUCUCCUUUGGUUUUCUUGAAGAAACAGGCAAGACAGAGGCAGAUGACGAUUCUCUGGAAAACGUGCCUCGACUUCUCAGGCCUGGACUGCCUGGUGCUUUUCCAGUGUCUCUGCCCACUUAUGCAGAUGACUACAGGCAGAACUGGCGAUUCGCUGCAAAAGCAGUUGAAGCCUUUGCUCCUCCCGGCUGUCUGUGCAAUUCGACGUGCGGUGGCAGUUCCCAGCUUAAAAGAAUGGCAGAAAGCCUCGACUCCCCACCCAAUGUGAUGACAAAGAGGGACGGUAUUUGCGUACCCGUACCACCGCUGGCAGCCUUUUCGAAUCCUAACGUCAUGCUCCCCGAGCAAACCCUCUGCUCCGCUACGGAAGGAGAGCACAAAGCAGAUGGACCGCUCGAGAUUUUCAUGAGCUACCUACGAGGCACCUCUGGACCUCAGAACCUUUCUCCCAAGGAGCGAGGCAACCAUGGGCGUGGCUCACCGCCAAGUGGUGACUACCAGCUACCUCCACCUUUACUAGAGAUUGUGAAGGGAACAGCUCGUCUAGCGCUGCGGAUUCAAAUGCACGAGUUGUUGCCACUGCUUCCUACGCCACCCCAAGCACAGGCUGCUCAGCAGCUUCACGAGGUGGCUGAGAAGGAACUUGCAUUCUGCCGCUUGGCUGUCGCUACAAGGGCUGCUGCUGUUCCUGCGCAAAGCACUACUCCAGAUGUCGAGCAUGCGGUAGAUGAGGACAUGACGGUUUGCUUGGCUCUGACCUUGUGUCCUGCUUGGUUGCUUAGCUGCGUACUCAGAGCAAAAGUAGACGGCGCGGCUGUGCCAGGUCUGCUCCUUGAUCUGUCAAGAGAGGCAGCAGCUGACCCAGGAGCUGGGAGCGGCAGAGAGCCUGUGCAGCUUGCAGAUUUGCGAACCGCUUCUUGUCUGUACUUUAGGAGGGCUGCAUGUAAGCUGGGACUAGGAAGGAACGAAGAGCAUACGCUACGCACUCAUCACAGAGCUCCCACAAGGCGCCCACCAAGUUCAAUCAUAGGAGCUGCGGCUGACGACCAAGACUUGGAGACGAAACGCUUCGCAGCUGCGUGUGCUAGUCAGUUGUUUCUGGUCUCCGUUUCAGUGUUGUGUUCCUUACGACUUGUGGUACCAGUUCCUGCAGGGGUCAGCUGGCGGUUGGUGGCUGCUGCCGAUGCUGCCUCCCAUUUUUGUCUUAGACAACAGCCCAUUGUGCGCGAUCCGCUCGCAGUUCGCUGGGCAUUACAUGGAGCCUCAAACGAGACAGAUCAGGCUGUGGAGAGUUUGCCUGUAGCGGAUUCAUCAGGUUUGUUCCCGCAAUCACGGGAAACUGACGAGGGAGGUGACAACAGUUGCGGAGGUGUGGUUGAGCCUUGUGGCCGCUGCCAGAAGCAGGGAAGGGCCCGACCUGCGAUGAUUCCCCGAGCCAUUUUGGCAGCGUGGGGCUCAAAGAAUGCCAACAGCCAAUGCCAGGUUCGACAGUACGAAGACGGAAGUGUUCCGUCUUCGCCAGUAGCGGAUAUUAAAUGCGGUUCUCAUCUGAUCGUUGGCAGUGUGUCACAUUCGCAAGGCGAAGAAGGCACUUCGGAGGAUAGCCGGCAGGCCGAUAUUACCAGCUCCUUUUACAGCGCCCUGCUAACCUGGGGUGAUGUAGGAGCAGAGCGGCGCUCUUUUUUUGCGGCAAAUGUGCCUGACUACGCAGCUUUUGUCGAAACCGCGACUGUAGAUGAAUUUUUAACGCCCAUGAGGUUGGUUGAAGAAUGGCUCCCAGCGUGUGCAUGGGUGCGACUGGACGGCCGUCUGCACGCCUCACUGGUGCAGCUGCUGUGCUUGCGAUUAUGGGCCUUGCUGAUCCAAAGACCUGGAAGCACGGCCCAGCAGCUCCAAGGAAUGCUUUGUCUACUAGAUGACUGCGAAGUGCAGUUUCUUCUCCACACACUUGUGGAGGAAGGCAUCGUCACAGCUUCCCUUCUCUGGGGGCCCUUUGCAGCCUUGUGCCCAAAGUAUGUUUGUCGUACGAAGAGUAGUGAGUUCUCGGCUACGGAUGGAAGUGGAUGCACUUGGCUGCCGCGUGGUGAGCCACUUGGAGAUCAACGGGAUCCCUGGCUUAAUGAUGGGAAGUUCGCACCAACCUUUCAAGCCACAGAUCACGCGUCAUCGGAGGCCGAUUGGCAGGCGUUGCAAGUCAUUGAUCAUAUACUGAAUGUGCAGGCUAUCUACUUACCCAAUGCUGCAGCGGAAGUCCUUCCAAAGUUCCAGCCGCUGUUGCUGCCUAAGCUUUCCCGCUGCAAGUGCGGAUGCUCCGUGCUGCUGUGA